UAUUUACGGCGGCGGAGGUCGAGCUUGCGUAGCGUUUCGGCGGACGGACGAGGGGCGCUUGAGGAGCUGCAGGCGCGGCCAGCAGCCAGGUCCCGCUCUCGCGGGCUGGCCGAGCGAGGAGGAGCUGCUGAAGUAAAUAGCCCUGCUACUGGCGUGGAGUAGACUGAAGGGUGCCUGUAAACAUCUCAGAGCUUAUGGCUCUGCCUGGGGGAAAGAGCACCAUACACUCGGGUGAGGGGGGACCUUGGAGGUGGUGGGGUUCAGCGCCUGGGCCCUCCCCCUGCUUGUGCUUGGCCUGGGGAAUCCUCCUGAGAACGUUUUGGUCUUCGCAGUUUUGGUUGUUAGAAAGCUUUUCUGUGUGUUCAGUAGAAAUUCUCUCUCUUUAACGUGUGUUCCUCUGGUCUGGCUUUGUCAGGCCAGUGAACAGUGCAUACGCUGGCAGCCUUUCAAGUAUUUGAAAAAAAUCCCUUUGCAUUUCCUUGUAAGAGUUCUGGUUUUCAAGAUGAAAAAUACCUCAGUUUCUUCCAUUGUUCCUCAGGCAGGAGGUGUGGUUUUAGUUCCCAGCUCAUCUUCUACAUGAAUUGCUUUGUCCACAUUGCCCUGAUUUUGAUAAGCAACAUUCAGGUGGGAACGUGGCCCUCCACGUGUACUCUGACAAACCCAGCGUGGGCUUGACUCCUGACCCCUGUUGUUAGGGCUUCGUGCUGUGUUAACCUCACCACAGUCGCGGACUUCUCAGUCAUCAGUCCUGAGCCCGCUGCUGCUCUCCUUCUUCCUCACUGUGCCCUUGCAGUUGUUUUUGGAAGGAGCAGUAAGCGUCUGGUUGUCCUGUUGGGCUGUGGCCAUUUACUGCAGGGUAAUGAAGUAUGUGAAGGAUUGCAAAGUAUAAUCAAGCACAGCAUCCAAAAAAUGAUGUGCCAUUACUUUGGAAAAGUGGACGUGAGUGGGUUGUGGACCCACAUUUGGUUUGGCAAGGGUACCUUUGCACCUUUGUCAGUUUUUUUUUGGUGGCGGGACAUUGAUGGUCAGUUGUGAGGGCGAGUGUUAGGUUACCAGGCAAAGUUAAUAAUAACAUCAGAUCUACAGAUGGUCAUGUGCACCCUACCAGUGGCAACACAUAGGGUUACCACAUAGUUAUUUUGUCUCAUUUUGGACAGAGAGAUUACCAGCAUAUUCUAUGUUAAAGAAUUUUGCUCCCUUGAGAAUUUUUAAGGCUGUAUUUGGUGUGACCUUUGGCUGGACAGUCCUGGGUUUCGGUGCCAGCCCUCUUCUUGCACACUGGUGUGUGAUCAUGAGCAAAAUAACUUCUUAGUCCCAUUUUGCCUCAUAAUGUGAAGCCAAAAUGAGGUCGUGACUGGAGGUGGUGCCUGUAAAAAGGUCGUAGCUAUUUUUACAAAAAGCUAGCCUUUGCAGAAUGGCCAUCAUUCAAAAGUCCACAAAUGACAAAUGCUGGAGAGGCUGUGGAGAAAAGGGAACCCUCCUACACUGCUGGUGGGAAUGCAGUUUGGUGCAGCCACUGUGGAAAACAGUAUGGAGAUUCCUCAAAAGACUAGGAAUAGACUUACCAUAUGACCCAGUAAUCCCACUCCUGGGCAUGUAUCCAGAAGGAACUCUACUUCAAAAAGACACAUGCACCCCAUGUUCAUAGCAGCACUAUUUACAAUAGCCAAGACAUGGAAACAGCCUAAAUGUCCAUCAACAGAUGACUGGAUAAAGAAGAUGUGGUAUAUCUAUACAAUGGAAUACUAUUCAGCCAUAAAAAAACAACAACAUAAUGCCAUUUGCAGCAACAUGGAUGUCCCUGGAGAAUGUCAUUCUAAGUGAAGUAAGCCAGAAAGAGAAAGAAAAAUACCAUAUGAGAUCGCUCAUACGUGGAAUCUAAAAAAAAAAAAAAAAAAAAAAAAAAAGAACAAAAAGAACAUAAAUACAAAACAGAAACAGAAACAGACUCAUUGACAUAGAAUACAAACUUGUGGUUGCCAAGGUGUAGGAGGGUGGGAAGGGACAGACUGGGAGUUCAAAAUUCGUAGGUACUGACAGGCAUAUGCAGAGUAGAUAAACAAGAUUAUACUGUAUAGCACAGGGAAAUACAUAGAAGGUCUUGUGGUAGCUCAUAGCGAAAAAAAUGUGACAAUGAAUGUAUGUAUAUUCAUGUAUAACUGAAAAAUUGUGCUCUACACUGGAAUUUGACACAACGUUGUAAAAUGACUAUAACUCAAUAAGAAAAUGUUUUAAAAAAAUAAAUGGUGCUGCUAUGAAAAAAAAAAAAAGCUAGCCUUUGCAUGUGGAAUACACUUUCAAAGUGAGGCAAAGUUGAAACUACGGAUUCAACACUUCGUAGAAAAUGGAACAUGCCCAACUGGCAUUUGGUUUGUUUUGAGGUAGAGCUGGCUUUCAGAGCCGCUGUGUGGCAUAUGUGGUCACCAGAUCUUUUCCUCAGUAGACCCUUGAGUGGCCAAAUAUGACUCUACUUCUAACUAGUGACCCAAAUUUUGAGAUUACUGUCCUAGGCUAGGGGUGUAGACUUUAGCCUCAGGACUAAGUUGGCUUAUCCAGGAUUAGACUUGACCUCAUUAGCACUUUAUCCCAUCUAAGUUAACUGGCCAUGAACUGCAACAUAGCAAGGGCUCUGAAACAGCUUAAAGUGGGGAUGACAGUCUAACAAUUGGACUGUCCUGGUGAUUUGUCUAAUACUCACCUUUAAAAUCUUGAUGAUGAGGAUGAACUGUUCUAGCCAUACAGUGGAAGAACAUUAAGCCCCACCGUUCACACAUUUUGUGUUCUUCUUGUGUGAAGAUGAAGAUUCAUCCUUCUCAUUACUUUCAUUCCUGGGAACACCUCUCCCACCACAAUUGCCAGUUUUGUGCUUGGGGUGUGUGUAUGGAAUCUCUAACCUCAGUAUUUCUUUAUGAUUCUUGUUCCGCUGGUAGAAUUCCCAGGAUUGUGAGGGGGAAAACAGGUGUAAACGUUAAUAAUGAAAGUACAGUGUUAUGGACAUUGUCCUGACUCAGAAAAACAGUCAGCUUAUGUGAUGUCUGGUGUUUUCCUUCAUCCCCCAACAAUUUAUAUCAAAUGUUUUGUAAAACAUUACCAUCUUAUGUGAAGUAAAGGUUACGUGGGGUAAGUAUAAACUUGGAAAAUAUAUUUUUAUAGUUUAGGAAGAGUAAAACCUCUACAGAUGAAGGGGCAUUUUCCUUGAUGAAUUAGAUGAAUGUUCCUUGUAUGUUAGUAGUCGGCUCAAAGGGGAACACAUGCUGUUAGUUUUUCUUCUUGAAGGCAAUUGGGAAGAAGGUAAGAAAUGCACGUUUUAUUGUUAAAGAGCUGGGAGGUUGGACAGCAGGCCCUUCAGAGGGAUUUCGGCUGUUGUGGUAGCGGCUUCUCCUGCUCCUAAGCUGUAGCCUGGAAACACAUGUUGUACUUGUUACAAUAAGGAGUUUGUCGCAGUCUGUUCCAUCGGGGAAGAGACUUGUAUGGAUGUUGUUUUUGCUUGAAAUUUGUAUGUCAGGAUGUCCAAGUCAAAGACUGCAUGGAUUGUCUGACUUGAUGCUGAUGUGGAUGUGGAUGUGAAGUUGCCAGAUAAAACAGAGGACAACAGUUAAAUUUGAAUUUCAAACGAACAAUGAAUAACUUUUUAGUAUUUGUUAUUUACCCGAAUUAAAAAUUUUUUUUGCUUUUAAAGAUUUAUUUCCAAGAAAAAGAUCAACAGCGCUUGAAAUAGUCAAAGAAGUUAAUAUUAGCAUGAAUUUUUAUAGACAUACUUACUGUCUCUUCAUGUUUGCAUUCAAUGAUUUUGCCAUACGUGGUUAUAUCCCUGUUAAGAUGGGUCAGCAUUCAAGAUGAUUUUGAUCCUGAAUACUUGAACUUUCUAAAAUGGUGACUUUCAAAAGUGAAGUAUUGAAUUCAUUAAUGAUGUCUUUAAGUUUUAGGUAUCUCAAGUUCACUUGUAUUCAGUUGAUAUUAUAAAGUACAAACUUAUUUCUGGAUGGACAUGGUUGAGUUUCAAAUUUUUUUUUUUUUGAGUUUUUUUUUUUUCCUGUUUUGAAACUGGCAUCCUUGGGAGUGGAGAAGAGUCGAGUGGGUUUUGACCAAAUAUAUUCCAUCUGUAUUUUCAGAGUUCGGAGUCUGAGGUUGGUAUGUGUUUAGGAUUCUGUUGCUCUGCUCUGACCUUUCACUUGCUCGGCUCCUUGUACACCGGUCCAGCCGCAGCCCUGCCACCGCGCGUGUGAGGAUGGGGGGUGCCGUGAGUGCCGGCGAGGACAAUGAUGAGCUGAUAGACAACCUGAAGGAGGCGCAGUACAUCCGGACUGAGCUGGUGGAGCAGGCCUUCCGAGCUGUUGACCGCGCAGAUUACUAUCUGGAGGAAUUUAAGGAAAAUGCCUAUAAAGACUUGGCGUGGAAGCACGGCAACAUCCACCUCUCUGCUCCGUGCAUCUACUCGGAGGUGAUGGAGGCCCUGGACCUGCAGCCCGGCCUCUCGUUCUUGAACUUGGGCAGUGGCACUGGCUACCUCAGCUCCAUGGUGGGGCUUAUCCUCGGUCCUUUUGGUGUGAACCACGGGGUGGAACUUCACUCAGAUGUAACAGAAUAUGCGAAGCAGAAGCUAGACUUCUUCAUCAGGACGAGCGAGAGCUUUGACAAGUUUGACUUCUGCGAACCCUCCUUUGUCACUGGCAACUGCCUGGAGAUCUCCCCGGACCGCUCUCAGUAUGACCGGGUGUACUGCGGGGCCGGCGUGCAGAAGGAGCACGAGGACUACAUGAAGGGGCUGCUCAAAGUCGGGGGCAUCCUCGUCAUGCCGCUGGAGGAGAAGUUGACUAAGAUAACUCGUACUGGUCCUUCUGCUUGGGAAACCAAAAAGAUUCUGGCCGUUUCUUUUGCUCCAUUGAUCCAGCCCUGCCAUUCAGAGCCGGGGAAGUCAAGGCUCGUCCAGUUACCACCCCUGGCAGUUCGCAGCCUCCAGGACCUGGCACGCAUUGCCAUCCGGGGCACCAUUAAAAAGGUCAUUCACCAGGAAACGGUGAACAAAGCCGGAAAUGGGCUGAAGAACACUCCCAAGUUCAAACGGAGGCGAGUUCGCCGCCGCCGCAUGGAAACCAUUGUCUUUUUGGACAAGGAGGUCUUUGCCAGUCGGGUUUCCAACCCCUCUGAUGAUACCAGCUGUGAAGACUUGGAGGAGGACCGGCGGGAAGAAGAGGUGAAAACCCCAUCAGAAACAAAGCCAGACCCCCCGGUGAACUUCUUGCGUGAGAAGGUCCUGAGCCUCCCGCUGCCAGACCCCCUGAAAUACUACCUGCUUUAUUACAGGGAAAAUAACCGAGUCAUUUCGUCACAGAACACUGUGUGCGUGCAUAGCUGGGAAAACGUCUGAAUUGCCCUAGAUGUGUAAAUUUAAGCUGUUGUAAAGAAAUUUACUUCAUAGUUGUGUUUACCUGCUUUUUAACUGGAAGUCAAACCUCUUUCAGAGGAGGAGCAUGAGUUCUGUUUAUCUGCUGACACUUCAGUUUGCAGGUCUUAUUGACAUUAUUCUGAUUGACUUGUAGAGGCCUCUGCAAUACGUGGACGUUUGGGAGAUAAUAUUAAAUAAAUGGUAUCUAUGAAAUCUGUUAUUAGGUGGCUUGACUGAUUUUCCCCUAUAUGGAUUUCAUUUUUUUUCCAAAACCGUAUUUGCCUUUAUGCUAGAUUGUAAAAACUCUCUACAGUGCGUAAGACAUGUUUUCCCCUAUGUAUGUUAAACCUUUCCUAACAUCUUGUAUUUAUGUAUUGUUGGUUUGUGAUUUUUUAGAUCAGAAUUUGUUUUAAAAAAUAUAUAGAUAUAAUAUAUGUGCAGUGGUUUGCUGUUUAUCUUGUAAACAUAAAGGAGAAUCGUAAGUGAAUUUUCGUGUGCUUAAGCAUCUUACACCAGAGUUUGGUGUGGGACACUACUUCUGUUUUCAAAUAGAUGAAUUAUGUAUAGUCUGUGCUGGCUGCAAGCUCUGUAUUUGUAAACCACAUUCUAGACAACUGCUGACUGCUGUGUUCUGAGGGGUCUGUAUUUUCAUAUGUGAGUUUUGUCCUAAAGUAGUAAAGCCGUAGACAUGGACAAAACAAAUAAAUUUAUAAAUAUUGAGUAGGUAAUGUAGAAAUCAACUGUGUAUUUAAAAACAUUUUUGCCAGUUUGGAACUUCCAGGGAAUUAAUGGAAGAAAUUAGAAACAAAAGAUUUUCAUGAGCCAGUACACAAAGGGUACCUGUAAAGGUAGUGAAGACGCCUGAGACUUCUUGGCAUUGCUUCUGUUUCCUGUGUGGAAUUGAAAUUCUGGGCUACAUACUCUUUUUUUCAAAAAUCUUUAAAAAAUAAACUAACCGCCCCCCCCCCCCCAAA